AUGACUGUCAAAACCGCAUCAGAGAUGUCGCUGCUACCAUAUGGUGAGCAUCAAGGCAGCUUCCGCGGUGUUGUGGCGUGCUCUAACCGCGAUGACGGCUACUUCAGCGGCGAGAACAACUACGUGGGCACGUCAAUCUACACCGGGUUUCGCUACCAAUGCGUGGAGUACGCGCGCCGAUUUCUGCUGCUGACGACCGGCUGCGUCUUUGCGAACUGCGGCAGAGCCAGCGAGAUCUACGCGAUGGAUUACAUCACACACGUGGAGACGGGGGCACUGUACACUCUCCAUCACCACAACAACGACGGCACAGCAACGCAGAAGCCGGCGCCGGGUGACAUCAUAAUCUACCCUUACCACCCAGAACUAACGCCGUGGGGCCACGUCGGUGUCAUAUCCUUCGUUGACGAUAACCGCGUCGGCAUCGCAGAGCAGAACCACUACUUUGGCGCUUUCACCUCGCCAAAUGAGUCGUACCUCGACGGUGAGCGGUGCGUCGCACGGUACACCACGCUCACCUUCGACGAGGCGACCAAGACAUGGCGCAUCGAGGAACCUGGAUCGAUGCCGAGUGCCGUGGGUUGGCUGUCGUACCCUGAUGCCCCGACUCGCGAGCAGAUUCACUCGCCAUUCACGCCGCUUCCCUGCGCGAUCAAGGUGCGCUCGACACCAUUCCACCAAGACGACCAUCCUUUCCUCACACACUACCACCUCUACGACGGCUUUGAGAUCCCCAGCGGAUGUGUGAGGCACGCGUACGGCAUGCGAAACGGCACCGCCGAAACGUUGGUAGGUGCGACAAGCGCCGCCGCUCGCGUGCUGCGGUUUACACUUCAUCUUCUCUUCCAUCGCGGCCGCCUCGGCCCUGCCUUUCGCGCGUUGCCCACGAACCCGCUGAAUGCCACACUGCCGGAGGGUGCGGGUGCAGGCACAGAGGUGUGCCGCGAGGUGGACGCACUCUUCAAAGUGCUCGCCGAGGAAGAUGUCGUCAACGCCACCGAGACGACCCCCGACGUGCUGCGGAAGGCUGUGGCAACGUACUUCAACAUCCCACUCGAGUGGGUGAUGGCCAUGGAGCGGGACUUCGCGAAAGGGGAGACACACAUGGCAGCGGUCGUCAGCUUCUACCCAAACAUUGUGACAGACUCGGCCGCCCUGGAGACAUUUCGUGCAACACGCAAGAAUGCGGGGACAGAGGCGGCGCCGGCUGCUGGGACGGUGCCGCAGACCACAGCCAACGCCAGUACCCCCGUCGCCGAAGAGCCCCUCACCGUGAGCUACCCAGGCACUGUCGAGGAGUUCCCGGUCAAGAACCCUCAUGAUGAGGCGUGGUGCCUGGCAAAGGUGAAUUUCGGCAGUGCGCGCGUCAUGACAGAACUAUCGCAGCUCAGUAAGGUGACAAAAGAGCUGACGGAGAGGAUUUCGCUCAUGACACCAUCCAUGCGCUCCUUCAUCUCCACGCAGUAUCGCAUGGACUUUGCGGGCUACCUCAAGGUCGUUGAGGCCGUCUACGGCCCUCGCACGGGCUUCACGAUUGUCGUGAGCGAUGACCAACCGAUGGACGACUUGCUGCGGGAGCUUGUCAUGACUGUGCAGAAUUUGUGCGAGCUCGUCGAGUACCCGGUCCGCGUUGUGAAUGAGAAAGACCUAACGUUUGUGAAUGGCAUGCUGCACGCCACUCCAUCAGCGGCCUCUCCAGAGGCGGGCAGCCAAACGACCAACAUCGCGCCUAGCGAGGCAUACGACGUGGACUUUGUGUAUGCGCUGUGCGAAUGGCCGCGCAUCUUGACGUGCAAAGAGGCAACCCACGCUGCCCUGUACCGCGCCGCUGUGGACCCAACGUCGGAUGUUGUAUUUGCGAAGCCGCUGUGGUCGCACCUCUGCUCUGGUGCGAUGAACGUUAGCGACGACGCAGAGAGGGCGCACCACACUCACUCGCCGCGCUCCACGUCGGUGCGCUUUUUCGAUGUGUGCCGCCGCCUGUAUCUGCUGGCAUCGCCGAAGCAGCAGCCGACAACAUGGGAUUUGGAAGUAUCCGAGUACAAGGAUAGCUGCCGCCGCAUUCACGUCAACGCCGAGACGGUGCCGAUGCACUCUCCAGCCCACCUCAACGCCGACUCCCUCAUGAUCAAUCUAGCGGGGAGCUGCUUCAUGGGACACAUCGGCGGUACACUGCGUUCUGAAUCGGAGAACACCGACAUCCACGUCGGCCACCCCGCUUCCCUCAUGUUCAUGUUCCCCGCCGACUAG